AAAAAACCGUUUUCCUUUCAAAUUCAAAUUAUAAAUAAAUAAAUAAUAAUACUUGAAUAAUUAAAAUUAAAGAAUUUCCAAUUUAAAAUUUUUUUUGGGGUCAUCACUUUAAUCCAUAAUUAAUAAUAAAACAGUCCCAAUUAUGGACUGUGAACCAUCCACAUCUGCAUCUGAGGAGACAAAAGCAAACACCAAAAGGAGAGAAUCAAAGAGAGAAUCCAUUUUCGAGACUCGAGGCGAAGAAAAAGAGUCUUAUUUGGAAGAGUGGGACCGAAUUUGGGGCCACCACAACACGGAUUACGUCAAUGUUGUCCAAUAUCCUAAACAUUGCAUAAAACAGUUGGAAGAAGAAUUUAAAAACACUACUGAGGCUUGCGAUACUAUGGCUAAAAAAUAUGAAGAAUUCGAAAGUAGAGCUGACCAAGUAACGCUCAUUGAAGACUGUCCGAUGUCGCCUGGAAAAAAAGUCAUUUUGCAAGAUAUGGAUUCGAGAAUCACCGAGCUCUUGAAACAAUGGGGAAAAGCAUUUCAAUCAUUGGAACUCGAUGAAUAUAUGCGGCAGAAUCAACUUAAGGAAUUCGAACGGGAAGCGAAAUUACGUAAAGCGAUGCUGGUACAAUUCAUGCGGAAUAAGUUUAAUCCUAAGUGGCGCUGGCCGGUGGACAAGCGGUGGCCAGUUCGAAUAGUACCACGCCAAAGCUGUAAGUAUCUAUUUUGGUACUGAACUGGUUCGAACGUAAAAAUUCAAUGGGUAAGUAUGGAGCGGUGCCUUGAACGCGGCUCACUAGAAUGUGAGUUAAGUUGUUUUCUGGACCUUCUCGGGCCAA